UGCCGGCCGGUCAUUGGGCGGCGUGAUCUCGCCGCGGUUCCGCGGCCGCCGCCGCCGCAAGCAGAGCGCAGCGGGCGGGCCGGGCGACGGGCCAUGGCGGGCGCCGAGGACGCGCCGGGCCGGCAGCCGGAGCUGGAUGAGGACGAGUCGGCGGAGGGCCGGCGCUGGGGUGCACAGCACGCCGGUGCCCGGGAGCUGGCGGCGCUCUACUCUCCAGGCAAGCGUCUCCAGGAGUGGUGCUCUGUGAUCCUCUGCUUCAGCCUCAUCGCCCACAACUUGGUUCACCUCCUGCUGCUGGCCCGCUGGGAGCACACGCCCCUCGUCAUCCUGGGUGUUGUUGCAGGAGCUCUCGUUGCUGACUUCCUGUCCGGCCUGGUACAUUGGGGUGCCGAUACAUGGGGCUCUGUGGAUCUGCCCAUAGUGGGGAAGGCCUUCAUCAGGCCGUUCCGGGAGCACCACAUUGACCCCACAGCCAUCACGAGGCAUGACUUCAUCGAGACCAAUGGCGACAACUGCCUGGUGACACUUCUGCCGCUGAUGAACAUGGCCUACAAAUUCCGAACCCAGAGCCCAGAGACCCUGGAGCAGCUGUACCCCUGGGAAUGCUUCGUCUUCUGCCUGAUCAUCUUUGGCACCUUCACCAACCAGAUCCACAAAUGGUCACACACGUAUUUGGGGCUGCCCUGCUGGGUCACCGUCCUACAGGACUGGCACGUGAUCCUGCCACGGAAACACCAUCGCAUCCACCACGUGGCGCCCCACGAGACAUACUUCUGUAUCACCACAGGCUGGCUCAACUACCCCCUAGAGAUGAUAGGCUUCUGGCGUCGCUUGGAGGACCUCAUCCAGGGUCUGACGGGUGAGAAGCCGCGGGCGGACGACAUGAAGUGGGCCCAGAAGAUCAAGUAGCGUGUCCAGCUGCCUGGUCGCCAACCUUCCCCAGCCUGAACUGAAGCCAUCUGCCAAAUUCCAGCCUCUUUGAGCUGCCCUUCCAGUGAAGAGGAGUCCCCUGGGCUGGGCCCGGGUACCCCUAGCCCACCCCCAGUGACACAGAAUACUUGAGCCACCGAGUUUUCAUUUCCUCGUCUUUUCUUUCCUUGGGCCUUCCUGGGCCAUUGAGCUGCUCCAGGGCCAAGCCUGACUGCAGAAAGGGAGCCCCAUCCUGCUGGCCAGCCCCACCCUGCAUACCUGCCCUGCACGCCUGCCCCCUGCCGUGGCCCUCACCAGUAUGGGGGUCACUGACUCACUUGGUCUGUCCCCAGUGAUCCAGAGAGCCCCCAGGACAUUUAAAUGUCCUGCAUCAUGGUCCCCCCUCAGCCUCGCAAACCGACUCCAGAGGCCUAGAUGGGCAGACCACCCCAGCUGCCACCCAAGGGAGGCAGAGCUGGCCAGUGGUCAGAGGGCAGCUGGCAAGGAGAGGCCAGAAUCCCCUGCACCCGUAUGGGUGCCCCCCUCCAACCCCCCCCCUGUUCUUCUGCCCACGUGUCCACCCACAUCUGAGGUCUUCAGUAUGAAGACAUCUUCAUGGGGCACAGCUCUUGUGAAGGGCUUGGUCAUUUGGGGAGGGGACACUGUCCCUUAUGGCCAGUGUGUCAGAGGAGGAAGGAAGAUUAGGGCUUUUUUAUUUUGGGGUUUGUUUUUUUUUUAAAGGUGCUUGCUUGUCAAUGUAAAUAAUAGAACGCCUUAAUACCUUUCUGUAACAUGGAGUAAUAUUUUAAUGUCAUGUUUUGGAUGUAUAUAAUAUAUUUAUAACAAAGGAAGAGUCUCCUUAACCCUGGCUGCCUCGUGAUGUUUCCAGAUGGCUGCAUAGAGGGGCUUAGCUCUGACACAGUGACUUUUGGUUUUCUAUGUUUUCUGUGUUUUGCCUGCAUGUAUGUAUGUGUACCACAUGUGUGCCUGGU